AGUCGACAGCCAGACACAAAUCCCCAAAAAUCAAGGAAAGAUUCUACCAGGCAACAUGCAGAACCACCAGAAACUAAGCGGAAUUGCAAUAAUUGGAGUCAUUGCAACGUUUAUUGUGGCCGGGACAGAUGCACAGAAGUUUCAGACCUGCUGCACGGAGGUAUCUAGGAUGGAGAUCAGUGGCUCCAUCACUGGCUACAGAAUACAGAAAUGGGACCCCCCGUGUGUCAGAGCUGUCAUCUUUGAAACAGAGAGAGGUGAGGUCUGCAUCCAUGUGAAACAAGCCUGGGUUCUUCGGAAGAUUCGUCAAUUUGAGAGAUCCCGCAGAAACCAGAUAUCCCCAACAUCAUCUGUUCCACAGUACUCCACAGGAACUACUGUCUCAACCAGAGAGCAAAAAGCACCUAGCAAAUCAUUCGCUGGCACAAUAAAUAUACUGAAAGGCCAAACUGCUGAAGCAACAAGCCCAACCAAUGAAUGGACACGCUCCAGCCAAGUUGCUGCAGUAACAAGCCUAACCAAUGAACGGACACCCUCCAGCCAAACUGCUGAAGUAACUAUCCCAACCAAUGAACGGACACAUUCCAGCCAAACUGCUGAAGUAACAAGCCCAACCAAUGAAUGGACACGCUCCAGCCAAGUUGCUGAAGUAACAAGCCCAACCAAUGAACGGACACCUUCCAGCCAAACUGCUGAAGUAACAAGCCCAACCAAUGAAUUCACACGCUCCAGCCAAACAGAUGAUGUAACAAGCUCAACCAAUAAAUGGACGCGCUCCAGCCAAACUGCUGAAGUAACAAGCUCAACCAAUGAACGGACACCCUCCAGCCAAACUGCUGAAGAACCAAGCCCAACCAAUGAACUGACACGCUCUAGCCAAACAGCUGAAGUAACAAGACCAACCAAUGAACUCACACGCGCCAGCCACAUAAUUGACUACUAAUAGUUCUAUUUAGAAAGCAAACAACAGUAAGGGCUGACCUGAGUUCUAUUGAGAAUGCUUGGUGUAGAAUCCUUAUGGACAACUAGAUUUUCAAAUUUUUUCACUUCAUUUAAAUUGUUUAGUUAUGAUACUCAGGGGUACUUAUGUUUUAGAAUAUUUAUUGUAGGCUUAUUCUAUCGAUUCUGAAGUGUAUUUGUAUUUAAAGGUGUCAACUUUAUUUAAGACAAGUUUAUUUAAUUAAUUUAUUUAAAACGACAAUUUGUUAACUGCUGUGUAAAAAACAUGUUGUAUUCACAGUUCAUGCACAUUAUUAGACAUUGCACCCAAUUAGCAACCUUCAGAAGAACACAUACUCACCCCAACUCUUCAAGUAUUGCAGCUUGGCGUCACUAUUCGACGCGUUGGAUAGACUUAAGUGUCUUCGGUUGACGAGUUUGGUAGCCCAUUGACUACUAGGCUACUGAAAUAAACUAUGUCACCCAGUAUGCAGUAGCCUAGGCUCAUGUUGAUGUUUUAAAAAUAAUUUUUCGUGUAGCCUAUUAAAAUAGCAUCAUUUGUAGUAUAUUUCGGUAUAUGAUUUCAAGUAAUUACAUUUGAAUAGGUCACAAUAGUAUUAAUUAUCUACAAAUACGAGCUCUGGAUGUGCGCUGAGGUUCAGGCUACUGUCUGUCCAUAGCGUGAAAAUCCACCUAAGUGGUAAUUCGUCCGCUAAAGUGGUGAUUCAAUUUAAUGGACUACCAAACUCAUCAAGCGAAGACGCUUAAGUCUAAUUCAUGCACAUUAUUAGACAUUGCACUAGAGCCCGACCGAUAUAACGGCCAUUAUUUGACUUUUUUGACGACAUCGGGAUCGGCAGUUAUGCCGCCGAUGUGUCCCGAUAUUUUAAUAAGUAUAAUAAACAAAAAAACGAUGAUUUAUCUGUA